ACAUCCAGAUUCUCAAAGAUCGUGGCUUUUGGUUGCAGGAGCAGUGAGUGGUCGCUUAUACGUCUGGGAACUGGACUCUGGCCUUCUUCUCACCGUGAAAGAGAGCCAUUAUCAGUCUGUGGGCGUGAUCAAGUGUACUAAAGGAUAUAUUGUGAGUGGAGGAGCAGACUCCAGAAUCGUCGUUUGGAAAGUUUUGGAUAUUCUGUCCGACUCACAUAAACCCUAUGCUAUAUUCACUGAUCAUACUCUACCAAUUACUGACAUAGCUAUAAGCUCUGGGCUCAUUAAUGAUAUAAAAUUGUGGUCUGUCUCCACAGACCAGACUGUCCGCUGCUACGAUUUGACCUCUUUGGCUUUGGUGACAAUGUUCGUUGCACAGCACCCCAUCCAGUCCAUUGCAGCAGACCCCGCAUUCAGAUGUCUGUAUAUUGGACUAACCAACGGAACCAUUCGGAUGAUACAUCUGUUUCAAGCAUCUCCACAAACACAGAUAUGGGAGCAAGUUGGUGGUUUUGGCAAAAUCAUCACCUUGAAAGACGAUACGGACCUGCGCGAAACCUUCACUAACCAUCAGAUUGGAGAAAAUCCAGUGACUAAAAUUGCAGUAUCGUUCGAUGGCACACAAAUUGUCAGUGGCGACAGCAAUGGAAAAGUGUUAGUUUUGGACGUGGCUACAAAACAAACUGUGCGCACCUUGAAACAGCUUGCUGGGCCUGUCUCAACUCUUAAACUAUUCAGACUGGAGGCUAAUACUGUUAGCAAUUCUGCACUGAAGACUGCUGUGCGAACAAUUCCCGUCCUCAAAAGAAAUCUUGUGGAAGACUCAGACCUCCAAAAGCACGAGGUCCAUAGAAAAUUCACUGACUUUGAAAGUCUCCAGCAACUUGACCUUGAAAGCUUCUUAGACACUGUUAAAUCAGAACAGAGGUGGUUCCAUAACUUCACUGGAGUUGACUCGACUGUCAAACAAAAUAAAGAGAAUGUGAGAUCCGAGUUGGAAGAGCUGAAAGAGUCUUAUGCAAGCAUGAAAUCCAAGUAUGAUGCACUCUAUGACGAACACUCCAAGCUUUUAAUGAAUAGUAAGUAGAAUUAACUCAUUUCUUCUUCUUCCUGGGUGGUGAGAGUGGGCGAUUGAAUCCUUUUUCACGGUUCAUGUACUGGCGAUAUUCAGUCUUAGGUAAUUUUCGGGCACCAAAAGCGUCAUUACCGUUGACUUUCUUGUUUUUAGUUGACCCAAAGCCAUCAAAUCCAAUUAUAGAUGACAAUCCUGGUUCACUUUCAACAAGUGGCUCCUCUUCACUAUCAGAAAAUCGUCGGCCACGAUCCUCUUUGUCUGUAUUGUCCUUUCUCGAAUCCGUUUCUUCUUCGUUUUCCGGGGAUGCUUCAGAACCUUCGUUUAAUUCCGUGACUUUAUCAUGGCCUGUUGACUUGCCAUUUUCUUCAAGCGGUGGCUUCACAACACUGCCUGUCUGUAGCUUUUCGGCCGUCUCCCGGUCCUUGAG